AUGAAUGAACUAAAUUAUGAGAUUAUAUGUGAUAAUAUUGGGAUGAACGGUAUAUUACCUUUAUUUACUGACUACUUUCAAGGUAACAUAGCUACUUUGAGAUUGAAUCACUUUAAUCUGAAAAGUGAAAAUUUUGGAUUAGGAAUAAGAAAGGCGACGGAGUAUAGCUGUCAGCAAACCAAGAAAACUCUUGUGAUCAAAUUUCAUAACAAUAAAAUGAAGCAACAUACUAACAAUUUUAGCAUAAUGGCUCACGAUUCUGUUUGGUUUUCCCACCCAAGAAACUUCGGUAAGGGUUCAAGACAAUGCCGUGUCUGUAGCUCCCACUCCGGUUUAAUCAGAAAAUACGGUUUGAACAUCUGCCGUCAAUGCUUCAGAGAAAAGGCCACUGAUAUCGGUUUCAACAAGUUCCGUUAA